CAUGAUUAACCCGGCGGUCCGGUUACCGUGUCCGCCGGUUUUGCGGGGUAGGAGUAGGACUGCAAGUUCAGUUGUUUGAGCAUUGAUUUGAUGUACCCAAACUUGGAUUUGUCCCGGUUCGACCAGCCGGCCCAUCUGGGUCUCACAAGACUGCAUCAAAGCUUUUGCUUACAUAGAAAGCUAAAACUGAGAUGAAAAAGAAUGCUUCCCUUGCUCAAACAAAGCCUGCUUUGCAUGCAAAGCACAUCAAACCUUGCUUGCCUCUCAUCCUUGGCUCAACCCUAUGGACAAGGCAUAACAUGCCUUCCCUCUUCCUAGAUAAACUCACCUUCAUAUAAACACAACAACAAUCCAUGACAGAUUCUAAAUCAAAAUUUUCAAUCAUCAAAGAGGAGCAAUAAUGGAAUAUCUACUCAAGCAAACGAGGUCUAGAGACAGAAGAACACUUCCCCAGAAAACUCAAUCCUUCAAACCAGAAAAGAAUAAAGCUCAAGACUGGUUCAAGAGACAAUUUUCAAGAAAAAUGACUGAAGAUUUCACUUCCAACAAUGAGAUAGAGCAUAUAGUUGCGGUGGCAGCUGCUGCGUUCGCCAUUAACGCAAUCCAGGAAUCAAGCUUCCCUGACAAGACACAGAUUGAUGAUAUCAGAAUUUCAAUGCCAAAACCAGGGGAAAGCUCAAAGACAAUGGCAGAGAGUCAGGAUAGCGAGGUACCAGUAACUGCUGUAAUGACCAGCCGUCCGCGGUCGAUUAAAAAAACUCCAACUUUUGCUGGUACUAAACCUGAAAGUGAUCCUGGUAGAUCAUUUAAAAAAGAUCCAUCCUUUUCUGAUAAGAAUUUGAACAGAACCAAUGGAAUGAAACCCGAUGGCAGCAGACCAAUGGCCGAUACGCCGACCGUUAAACCUAGAUCUCCAUUGCCAAAACCUGAACAGCCUGCCUACCCAUCAACCCAAACAAGAAGGCAGAAUUCAGCAAGAGCUGGAACUGGAGAAACCAUAGCAGAUGCUUGGGAGAGAGAGGAGCUGGCCAAGAUCAAUGAACGGUAUGGCAAGUUAAAAGAUGAAAUACUUUCUUGGGAGAACAAGAAGAAGGCAAAAGCUAAACGCCGGCUCAAUAAAAACGAGCAAGAAUUGGAGCAGAGAAGAUUGAAAGUGAUAAGUAAUUUCCACAGCAAAAUCGAAUACAUCGAGCAGAUCGCGGCAGGAGCAAGAGCACAGGCAGAGGAGAAGAGAAGAAACGAGGAGUUUAAGGUGAAAGAGAAGGCUAAUAAAAUCAGAACAACAGGGAAGAUUCCUGCAACAUGUUUCUGCUUCUGAAAUCCAUAUCUCAGCAAACAUCACCAGAUCAAUUAAGUAAGAAAGUAGAUUUCGUAAGUUAUAUAAUGUAAAUAGCUCUUUCACAAACACAAACAAAUGAUAUUAAUGAAUCAAGCAGUAUAUUAUUUAUAGUAUUGGCUGAGAUAUAGCUUGACUAACAUGGAUAUGAAAUAUGUAGUACCCGGCUCGAGUAGGCAUGUCAUGAGACUCUGCAAUGUCAAGCUUGGUGGUGCUUGUUUAGAUGACGAUUGUCUGUCGUAUAAUAUGUGCUUAUGAAAUUAAUUAGUAGAACUAAUCUGUUUAAUUAAAUCUAAUAUUUAACUUUACCAAACUCAAAAUUUCAAAAGAUACAAAAUUGAAACAACAUAUUUAUAUAACAUAACAACCGAUUUUGGAAUACAGGGGAAGGGGAUGGGAGGCUCGAACCGAGACCUUUAUGAGAUAUCAUACACAUGAGUACCAUAUGAGCUACUCGUAGUUCUCACAUAAUAACCGAUUUGAAUACAACUUUAGAGAAAAAUACAAUGUUGAGAU